AUGAGACUUGUACUUGUUUGGAAACUUCUUCCGUGCAUUGUGUUCUUCUUACUUCCUAAUCCAGCUAAUCCACAAACAGCGCUCCCUCCAGAGUGUGCACCGGGGGGCCACUCUCUCCUGCAGAACCCCUACCGCAGCACCGCCUUCAGCUCCAGCUGGCUGCAGCAGUCGGCCCUGCAGGACUUCAUCUGCGACCACUCCCUCACGCCGGGCUGGUACCAGUUUCAGAUCUUCGACAAGCCGGCCAGCAUGCCCACCCAGUGCGUGGAGGUGAACCACUGUGGCACCCAGGCCCCGGUGUGGCUGUCCCUGGGCGAGGGCGAGUCCCUGCCGGGGCCGCUGGAGCUCAGGCAGCUGACGGCCUGCGCCGCCUGGCAGUUCUUCUCGAGCGCCAGCAGGGACUGCUGCCUGUUUCGCAUCCCCGUCAGCGUUCGCAACUGUGGAGACUUCUACGUCUACCUGCUGCAGCCCACUCAGGGGUGCAUGGGCUACUGCGCACAGGAGAUGUCGGACUCUUUGCCCACGGCGUCGCUGGCCUGCGGUCCUGAUGAGGUGAACGUCGAUGGAACGUGUAAAACCAAGAAGCCUCCCCCGCCGCCCGUCCCGGUGAUCGUCCCGGAGCUGUCGGGCAGCACCGUCUACCUGAGGUGCAGCUUCGAGGGCCACAGCUCCAACAGCUCGCUGGGCUUCGUGGUGGCCUGGUCCCGCCUGUCCCCCCAGGGCAGGAGGGAGGAGCUCAAACAGGAGACCACCAUCCAGACCUCCGCCCUCAUCGAGCUGGACGGCUUCAACCUCCGGCUUGGAGACACGAUAUUCUGCUCCAGCUCCAGUUUCUUCUUGGACUCGCCGGACAUUCAGGGACCCGCAGUGGAAAGUCAGGAGUUCUUUGCCGGGAUCAGGCUCAGACCGGAGGUGAGCAGCAUAUCUGAAGAUGGGACGGGGCACAAGCUGGUGGUGGAGAGCACAGUCCCUGUCCCGUGUUUGGAGGACUCCCCUUCCUCUACACAGCCGUGCACUCUGUCGCUGCAGCUGAGCACCAGCAACCAAGGCGGCGGUGUGUCGGGCGCUGAUGUGUCUCUGUCGUCCUGCGUGGUCGACCUGCCCCGCGGCCCCUGUCGGGACGGAGUCUGCAGCCGCGCUGUGAUCAGCUUCGUCGCUGUCACUGACUUUGUCAAAGACGGCAACAGGACGACCCAGAUCGCUGUGAAACCCACCGCCACAAACAACUUUCUCUGGAACGGAUAUUCACCAGAGCCGGUUCAGAUAAUGGUGAAGGAUGUUCCCUCUGCCUACUGCUACGCCUUCACUGAUCCCCACGUCAUCACAUUUGAUGGCAGGCGCUAUGAAAACUACCAAAUAGGCACUUUUGUUCUUUAUAAGAGCAACCGCCGGCCGUUUGAGGUCCACGUCCGUCAGUGGGAGUGCGGCAGCGUGGUGCACGCCGCCUCGUGCGUGUGCGGCUUCGUGGCGAGGGACGGCGGCGACGUCAUCGCCUUCGACAUGUGCAACGGGGAAAUGGGCGACACCAAGCCUCACCUGUCCGUCAAGAACAGAGACCUGAGCAAGAGCGCCAUUCGCAUCACCGAGUCCUACCAGGGCCGCAAAGUCACGAUGACCUUUUCGUCGGGAGCGUUUGUUCGUGCCGACGUGUCAGACUGGGGGAUGAGUCUGACCCUGAGAGCCCCCGGUUCGGACCGGAGCCACACCGAAGGCUUGUGUGGGACGUACGACGGGCAGCCAGACAACGACUUCCACUCAGCAGGGGGCGCCGUGUUGGACGAUCUGCAUGCUUUCAUCUCUGAAUGGAGGCUCCCUCCAGGUUCCAGCCUAUUUGACACAGUCCCGUCCUAUCAGAGCACACCGAGCCCCCGGAGGUACUGCAACUGUCAGGCAGAGCCCCUCCUCUCGUCUCCCAGAGCUCGAUCUCAACCAGUCGCCUCCUCCGACUCCACCUGCUCCCCCCACGGCAACGUGAAACUCCACAGUGUCAUCCCCACUCUGGACGUCACGGCCGAGUACAUCAGCUCGGUGGAACUGCUCAGAAGUGAAGAGAACCACAGACACCCGCCGGGACGCUUUAGCCAGCGCACCCGGGAGCAUCAAGGAGGUUCGGUGUCAGCAUCCGCCCGGAGGAGCAGAGGCAGGCGGCAGUCCUACCAGUACGUCUCCAACCCCCCGUACCAAAGCCUCAGUCAGUCCGACCUCGAAGGCUUCACCUAUUUCUUUCCAGAGGACCAUGAACCGGCACCACAUCCGGACGCCUCCUCUCCCCCGGCCUGGCCCACUCCCUCCGGACUGACCGAGCAGCAGGCCAGGGUCCGGUGUCUGAGCACCGUGGCUAACUCCAGCAUAGCCCUUGGCUGUGGGCACCUGCUGGGACAGAGUGUUGUUAGCCACGCAGUGACCAUGUGCGUUACUGACAUGCAGCUGAAGGAUGAGCAGUCAUGGUUAAAUGCCACCUUACCCCUGCUGGAGAAUGAGUGUGAGCGGAGGCUGCUGGAGGAGAGGCUGCGAGAAGGAGUGUACCAGGACGUGCAGGCCAUCCUCAAAUGUCCCAGUCUGUGCAGCGGGAACGGCCAGUGCUCUGAGUGGGGCUGCGUCUGCUUCCCAGGGUUCGGGUCCUACGAUUGCAGCGUGUUGUCUGACCAGAUCCCGGAGAUCACGGAGCUGGAGAAGGAGGGUCUGUGUGACGUGCGACAGGGAGACUGCUCCACCGUCCAGGUCUACGGCCAAGGCUUCAAGGACUCCUACGAGCUCAAGUGUGAGUUUGUUAAAGAAAAGUUUGUGGAUGGGGAGUGGGUCCUGGACGAGCCCCAGUUUGCCCUGGCCACCUUCCUGGAUGUGACGGCUCUGGAGUGUCAGCUCCCCCUGGAGGACAGCCAGGCCCAAGCAGGCCCGGACCUGGAAACAUCCGCUGACAGGCCGCUGGCCCGCUGGCAGAUCAAAGUGUCCAACGACGGCUACAGCUACAGCAACGCCAAGAUACUGACCCUGUAUGACGGAGCCUGCCAGAUCUGCAGCCUCAACUCCGAGGUUCUUUGCACGCUGAGAGAGAAAACGUGCAACAUUGACAGUCUGUGUUACAGCGAGGGCGACCGCAAUCCCAGCAGCCCUUGCCUGACAUGCCGCCCGGACUCCUCCAAACACACAUGGUCCAUAGCAGAGAACAACCAGCCUCCGGUGCUGCAGUCGCUGCCGUCUCGUCUUCAGUCGUUCCAGGGGGAGAAUUUCGUCUACCAGCUGCAGGCUCAGGACCCCGAGGGCUCGCCGGUGCUCUUCACCCUGCAGUCGGGUCCCGCGGAUGCCUCUCUGUCUCCGGCCGGCCUGCUGAUCUGGAAAGCCGCUGCGGACUCCACCGACACACACACCUUCCACUUUACAGUGACAGACGACUGCAACGCUGAGACCAGAGCCUCUGUACAGGUGUCCGUGCGCUCCUGUGAGUGUCUGAACGGCGCCUCCUGCGUGACCGACGUCAACCUCCCGGCCGGCAGCGGGGCGUACCUGUGUGCGUGUCCCGGCGGAUUCAGGGGGGAGAGGUGUGAGGUGGACAUCGAUGACUGCAAACCCAACCCCUGCAGACUGGGCCGCUGCAUCGACGGGCCCAACUCCUUCUUCUGCAUCUGCCCUCCAGGAAUGACAGGCCACACGUGCAGAGAGGAUCUCGACGAGUGUGCGUCGCAGCCUUGCUUCCCCGGGGUCGGCUGUAACAACACGCUGGGCUCCUUCCUCUGCGGCUCCUGCCCACAAGGCUACAGCGGCGACGGGCAGAGCUGCACCCCAGUCGUCGUCAUCGUCUCUUUGUUCCAAGGUAACGCUGAGCCUGCCGGCACACCGGUCACCACACCAGCGAGAGUGCCGCAGGUUUCCGGCAGAACCAAGCCCUCCGGCCUGUCGCCUUGCGGUAGAAGGCCGUGUCACCCGGGGGUGCAGUGCUUUGAGAGCGCCCACGUGUCCGCCGGCUUCAUCUGUGGACCCUGCCCUCCUGGGCUGCACGGAAAUGGACAAACCUGCGGCAGAAGCUCCACUGCAGGGCAGGGAGCAGCCACCAGCCGAGCAGAUGGGCGAACUCAGAUCACCGAAAUUCCCACCACCUCCUCCUCUUCCUCGUCUUCGUCCUUACCCAGAAGGCACCCUGAUGUGAGGACUAAAACAGUGGCAACCAGGAGAGGGCCUUCCAACGACAGGAGGACCACAGCGAGCCCCCAGAACCAAACCGUCACCGUCCACAGAGCCCAGCCCCGCGGGGAGGAGGUGACUCAUGACCUCACCAUCGGGGUCAAAUGGGGGUCACCGCCUCAUGUCGUGACCUGCGCCGACUCGCCCUGCUUCUCCGGCGUGCCCUGUGAGCCCACCGACACCGGGGCGUUCAAGUGUGGCCGCUGCCCUUACGGAUACACCGGGGAUGGAAUCACAUGCAGAGCUGUGUGCAGGUAUCCGUGUGGGAAGAACAUGGAGUGCACUCUACCAAACACAUGCACCUGCAAGGAGGGCUAUACGGGAUACAGCUGCCAUAUAGCGGUGUGUCGACCUGACUGCAAGAACCAGGGCAAGUGUGUGAAGCCGAAUGUGUGUGAAUGUCCUGUGGGCUACAGCGGGCCCACCUGUGAGGAAGCGAGCUGUGAGCCGCCCUGCCAGCACGGAGGAACCUGCCUGGCCAGAAACCUCUGCACCUGCCCGUACGGAUAUGUGGGACCGCGGUGUGAAAUUAUGGUGUGUAACAGGCACUGUGAAAAUGGAGGCGAGUGCAUUUCUCCCGAUGUCUGCAAGUGCAAACCUGGCUGGUACGGACCCACAUGUAACUCAGCUGUCUGCACCCCUUUCUGUGUGAACGGAGGAACCUGCAUCAAGCCAAACAUCUGCGCCUGCCCCAGCGGCUUCUACGGCUCCCAGUGUCAGAUUGCUGUGUGCAGCCCACCUUGUAAGAACGGAGGUCAGUGCAUGAGAAACAACGUGUGCUCCUGCCCUGAAGGCUACACGGGAAAAAGGUGUCAAAAGAGCGUUUGUGAGCCGAUGUGCAUGAACAAAGGCAAGUGUGUGGGCCCCAACAUGUGCUCCUGUGCCUCGGGGUGGAGGGGGAAGAGGUGUAACAUACCGGUGUGUCUGCAGAAGUGCAAGAACGGCGGCGAGUGUGUGGGACCCAACACCUGCCACUGUCCCGCCGGCUGGGAGGGCCUUCAGUGUCAAACACCCAUCUGUAAGCAGCGGUGCUUGAAUGGAGGGAGGUGUGUCCUACCUGACUACUGCUACUGUCGCAAAGGCUACAAGGGCCUCACCUGCCAAAUAAAGGCUCCACAUGCAUGAUGAAGGCUGAAAAAGCAAUGAAGUGAAAGAGGCUACAAGCUGCACAAAGCAAGAAGAGCACCACAAGGUGUUGUCUGUCUGUGU